CUUAAACUAUGGUCCUAAGCCGUUAGAAAGCACAGCGAAAUGAUCCGCAUUUGUUAGCUACAAACGUACACCAUUCUGUUUAUUACAAAAUUAGAUGAAAAGCGGGUGAUUUCAAACAGGAUUAGCUGCGCUGCGCCUGUAGAGAGAAGAUAAACAUCACGCCGCUGUUUGACAAAACCUUUUAAAACCGUAAUUUCAUUUGAAAUCCUCAAGCGAUGUCUUACGAAAGCUGCAGUCUGCUUUCUCCUCGAGUUCAUUCAAUGAAUCUGAGAGUUCCAAAUGAUUUACAUCAGGAUUAUUCAGAAAACGAAGCCGAGAAAGACCAAGGUGACCACCUUCUUUCAACGGACAAGAGACAACAUUUUGCUGCUGAGCCGCUGGAAGUGGUGAAUAUGGGGUUGCAGCAUUUGAGGACAGCCAGAGGGACGGCGACCCGGCGGCUGAGGACUGUGAAGAAAGCAUGGGGCACGUUCAAAGCGAAAGCGAAGAAACACACCGCUGCGCCACAGCCUAAACUGAGACCCCAGCAACUCUGGAGUAUUUCCCUCUCCAGUCCUAAUUCUCCAAGUGCCCGUGCCCUCAUACUCAACUCGCCCCUCACCCCAAACCCCUACGCCACGCCCGGCAACAGCCACCGGUACCGACAGGAAUCCCGCUUGACGACGCCCGUCACCCCUUUCAGCCCCCUGAGGAGAUCAGCCCGUAUUGCCGGCCAGACUCCUACUCCGUGCAGAGACGGCAAGACGAGGACUAGGACCGGUGGCAGGAGAACAACACCAAAGAGGAUCGAGCUCAACGCCAGCCCCGGACACAUCCUGCGAGAACUCAAUGCUAUGACCUUACAGACAGGUCAAAGGCCAAAGUCAUCCAGGUCAUCAGGAGUCGAUGCAUUCAAGGCCAUGAGCGAAGGAUUAUCUCAAACAAUUACAAAGCAAGACAGUUCUGGUAAAUUAACAGAGAUCCCCAUUCAGAAGCCAGCGGCUACAAAAGAUAAAUCGACCGAUGCGAUGGAAUCAAAAGAGAACGAGCCGGAACCCAGCCGUAUCGUCAGACUACGACGCAACAGAGGGGUAGUGAUAUCCCAGAAUGCAACAGACGGACAGAUGCUCACCGAAAUGUUUGUGUAGAGGACAAACGAGAAAGAUCGAGGGUUAAAUGAUAAGAUCACGAUGUGUUCCGUUUAGAAGGUUCAGUUUCAAUGUAUCUCUCCAUGCGGUUUCUCCCAGUGGCCAUAUUUCUUGUUCACAACCUUUGAUCAAUAUACUGCAGACAAAGCAAGCAAGUUUGCAGAUAGCAAUUGUAUUCACAUAAUAUGGAUGGGCGAUUAAAAUAUUAACCCCUUGUAAGUGAGAGCAAAAUACACCCAUUCGUCACAAUCAUACACAUAGAUAUGUGAGCCUUUGAAACUUUGUGCAUUUGGAUGUACAUGUAUGUUAUGAAAUAUAUAUUGCUUUGCUCGAGGAAGCAAUAUUGGUGUGUAGAACAAAGUACAAAGUGUAGAAAAAAUUACUUUUUUGCUCAUGGAGCAUUGAUUUGCUAGAUAUUGUAAAAAGUAAAAACAAGAUUUUCUUUGGGGUGAUUUUUGUCAUUUCUAUUGCUAUUCUACUCAAGAUCUUCAGAAUCUUUCAAGGGUUAAAUCGCUCUCUGCUUCCAUGUAUUUUUCACGAUUCCACUAAAAGUAAACCAUUUUCAUGCACCUUCUUUUAUAACUUUUUUGUUGUUGUUACAACUUUAGAUUUUGCCCAUGGCUUGCCCAUUCUGUUUCCAGAGAAUAGAGGAAGAAAAAUGUACAAAGAAAAAAAGAUUUGCAUUGGUAUGACAGGGCAUUAUAAACAAAUCUCUCUCUUUCCUAUGGAUUUAUGGCCAAAAACAUACAAAUUGAAUUUGUAGACACAAAAUUAUUCCUAAUUUACUAUAAGUGAUAUUCAAUAUUUUUUUCCUCCAGAAUAUAAAGAAUUCAUGGUGAUUCAUCUGUUAAGUAAACAGAGAAACCAUUGUUCACCAUUCCCUCAAAUAAUUUUUUCAAUUAGCAACUUCAUACUGUCAGUUUGAAAUGGUUUUAAGUAUU